GGAAGGCGGCGAAGGGAGAGGCGGCGUGGGCCCCCCCGGGUCCGGGGCCAUGGGGCUGCUCCGGACCUUCGACUCGGCCGAGUUCGUCAGCUGGGAGAAGAUCGGCUCGGGCGGCUUCGGCCAGGUCUACAAGGUCCGGCACGUUCACUGGAAGACCUGGCUGGCCAUCAAGUGUUCGCCCGGCCUCCAUGUCGACGACAAGGAUCGAGUGGAGCUUUUGGAAGAAGCCAAGAAGAUGGAGAUGGCCAAAUUCCGUUACAUCCUGCCAGUCUAUGGCAUCUGCAGGGAUCCCGUGGGCCUGGUCAUGGAAUACAUGGAGACGGGAUCCCUGGAGAAACUGCUGGCCUCGGAACCACUCCCGUGGGAGCUCCGUUUCCGCAUCAUCCACGAGACGGCGGUGGGCAUGAACUUCCUGCACUGCAUGUCUCCACCCCUACUCCACCUGGACCUCAAGCCUGCCAACAUUCUCCUCGAUGCACAUUACCACGUCAAGAUUUCGGAUUUUGGCCUGGCGAAAUGCAGCGGCCUUUCCCAUUCCCACGAUCUGAGCAUGGAUGGACUCUGCGGCACCAUCGCAUACCUCCCUCCAGAACGGAUUAAGGAGAAGAACAGAUUCUUUGAUACCAAGCACGACGUCUACAGUUUUGCCAUUGUUAUCUGGGGAGUGCUGACACAGAAAAAACCUUUUGCAGAUGAAAAGAACAUUCUUCACAUUAUGGUAAAAGUAGUAAAAGGCCAUCGCCCCGAGCUGCCACCCGUCUCCAAGUCCAGACCUCGCUCCUGCAAUAACUUGAUCAGACUCAUGCAGAAGUGCUGGCAGGACAAUCCCCGGGAGCGGCCAACUUUUCAAGAAAUCACUUCUGAAACCGAGGACCUGUGUGAAAAGCCAGAUGAUGAGAUCAAGGAGACUCAGGAGCUGGGCAUCAAAAAUCCCCAUGAGCCAAAAAUAGAGGAAAUGCGUGCCUUACCUGUGCCAAAGCGGGCAUCCGCGCCAGCAUUUGAUGCCGACUACAGCCUCUCGGAGUUGUUGUCCCAACUGGAUUCUGAGACUUCCCAGACGAUGGAAGGCCCGGAUGAGCUGAGCCGGAGUUCAUCUGAAUCGAAGCUGGUGUCGACCAGCAGCGGCAAGAGGCUCUCCGGGGUGUCCUCUGUGGAUUCUGCCUUUUCCUCUCGGGGCUCCUUAUCCCUGUCGUUUGAGAGAGAGAAUUCGGCAAGUGAUAUCAGCACCACCGACCUCCACAAGAGGAAGCUGGCAGAGGCGAUCACGUCGGGGGACACAGGCAAGCUGAUGAAGAUCCUCCAACCCCAGGACGUGGACCUGGUCCUGGACGGCCAGUCGAGUCUCCUGCACCUGGCCGUGGAAGCGGGCCAGGAGGAGUGCGUCAAGUGGCUGCUCCUGAACAAUGCCAACCCCAACCUGACCAACAAGAGAGGGUCCACCCCUCUGCACGUGGCCAUCGAGAAGAAGGUCAGGAGCGUGGUGGAGCUGAUCCUGGCCCGGAAGAUCAACGUCAACGCCAAAGACGAGGACCAGUGGACGGCCCUGCACUUCGCCGCCCAGAACGGGGACGAGUGCGGCACGCGGCUGCUGCUGGAGAAGAACGCCUCCCCGAGCGAGGUGGACUUCGAGGGGCGGACCCCGAUGCACGUGGCCUGCCAGCACGGGCAGGAGAACAUCGUGCGCAUCCUCCUGCGGAGGGGCGUGGACGUGAGCCCGCGGGGCAAAGACGACUGGCUGCCCUUGCACUACGCCGCCUGGCAGGGCCACCUGCCCAUCGUGAAGCUCCUGGCCAAGCAGCCGGGCGUCAGCGUGAACGCCCAGACCCUGGACGGGCGGACCCCGCUGCACAUGGCGGCCCAGCGGGGCCACUACCGCGUGGCCCGCAUCCUCAUCGACCUGCGCUCGGACGUCAACGUCCGCAACCGGCUCCUGCAGACGCCCCUCCACGUGGCGGCCGAGACGGGGCACACCAGCACCUCGCGCCUGCUGCUGAACCGUGGGGCGGAGAAGGAGGCCCUGACGGCGGAGGGCUGCACCGCCCUCCACUUGGCUUCGCGCAACGGCCACCUGGCCACCGCCAAGCUGCUGCUGGAGGAGAGGGCCGACGUCCUGGGGGCCGGGCCCCUGAGCCGGACCGCCCUCCACCUGGCCGCCGCCAACGGGCACGCGGGGGUGGUGGAGGAGCUGCUCGGUGCCGUGGCCAUCGACGCGGCCGACCGAGAGGGGCUGACGGCGCUGCACCUGGCCGUGCGCGGGGGCCACGCGGAGACCAUGGACGUCCUGCUGAAGCACGGGGCCCGCAUCAACCUCCAGAGCCUCGGCGCCCAGGCCCCCCCGCUGCUGCCGGGGAACAGUCCCAUGGCCACCCUGCUGCGGCACAGGAACACUUAGGCGGGCCGCCCCCGAGCCCUGCUGUCUUACUGCUCCGCACCUGGAGGGGAACGGGACCCCCCAAGGGGGCAGGGGGGCAGGCCGGGGCACGGGGCCUUUUGCAGUCUGCUCUAGGUCCGUAACCCAGGAGGACGUUCAAGCUGGAAGCCACUGGUCGCGGACCUUCGGGGUCUGCGGAGCCGUCGCUGGGAGGGAGGAGAGGCGAGGGCCUCGGGGAACGGGAGCUUCACCCGCCCUCUGCUCUGCCGCCCCUGCUCCGGCCCAGGAACGGGGCCGCCUUCCUCCGGCGUCCCGGUGGAAGUGAGCGAGGUCGGAGGGAUUUGGGGUUCUUACGUCCAAAUCGGCUGAACAAAAGGGGAGCUAAAUGCCAGGCUUGGAUCGUUUCGAUAAGUCGGUCCCCCCCGGUUUGGCACAGGCUGCCGUGUACGCGGAGGAAACACUGGGCCUUGGCCACAGUAAACCAGGAGAAAGUGAGAGCGUGUACGCGGGGGAAACACUGGGCCUUGGCCACAGUAAACCAGGAGAAAGUGAGAUGGAUGAGCAACCCUGUUCCUUCCCCGCCCCCCAAAAUGGGCUGAUACUCAUCAACAGACAGGGCUGGGGGGGGCCACCUUGUAACUAGUGUAAGAUUGCUAAUAUAUUAUGAGAACUCCAUAGUGUCAACGUUAACAGAUGCAUGUCUACAUUUUUUAAGGUGAUACGAGGCAAAAAAAAAAAAAUUUUAUAGCUUGAAGCGUGUUUGAAAUUCGACAACAGCCCGCAGUUAAUUAACUGUUCUAGUAACCCGGAACUUACUGAAACCUUCUGAAAUGAGUUUAUUAUAGAACUUGCCUACACUGGGUCUGUCCUCAUGGAAUGAACUGACGUGUAAUAUAUAGAUUAUAAAUAUACUGUGUAUAGAGUAUUUUUACCAGUUGUAUACGUAAUAUUUUCUAUGACAGAAAAUAUUUGAGCUGUUGAGAACUGGCUAUGUUUUAAUAUGCCUUGUGUCUGUUUUUCCAAGAUCCAUCUUCUCAAUAAAGCGCAUAACUGCUC